GGCAGCGGAGCGGUAGCGGAGCCGCGAGGGCGCAAGGGCCCCGCCGAGCCGCCCGCACCCAUGGCGCCCGCCGCCUUCUGGGCCGCGCUGGCCGUGGGACUGCAGCUCUGGGCCGCGGGGCGCGCCGUGCCUGUCCAGGCCGUGUUUAUCCCCUACGUCCCAGAGUCUGGAAGCUUGUGCCGGCCGCGAGAAUACUACGACACAAAGGUGCAGGUGUGCUGCAGCAAGUGUCCACCAGGCUACCGCGUUCAAUCCUCAUGCAACCAGACCUCAGACACCGUGUGUGUGUCCUGUGAGAGAAGCACAUACACCCAGCUCUGGAACUUGGUCCCUGCGUGCUUUAGCUGUAACUCCCGUUGCAGCUCCGACCAGUUGGAAACUCAAGCCUGCACAACAGAACAGAACCGAGUCUGCACCUGCAAGCCGGGCUGGUACUGCACCCUGGGAAGGCAGGAGGGGUGCCGGCUGUGCGUGCCACUGCGCAAAUGUGGCCCUGGCUUCGGCGUGGCCAAAGCGGGAACUGCAACAUCAGACGUGGUAUGCGCUGCCUGUGCCCCGGGGACAUUCUCCGACACGACAUCAUCCACAGAUACUUGCAGGCCCCACAGGAUCUGUAGCUCCGUGGCCACCCCUGGCACUGCAAAGAUGGAUGCAGUCUGCACAUCUAUGCUCCCCACCCUAAGAGUGGCCCCGGGCCCAGCCCCCACGACAUCCCAACACAUGGAGCCGACUCCAGGGCCCAGCGCAGCUCCAGGCACCUCCGUCCGGCUCCCGAUGGUCCCAAGUCCUCCAAGUUACCCAGUAGAGGGGCGCAACACAGCAAACAUCUCUCUUCCCAUCGGACUGAUUGUGGGUGUGACAGCCUUGGGUCUGCUAAUAAUAACUGUGGUGAACUGUGUCAUCAUUACCCAGAAAAAAAAGAAGCCCUUCUGCCUGCAAGGAGACGCCAAGGUGCCGCAUCUGCCUGCCGACAAGGCUCGAAGUGCCCCAGGCCCUGAGCAGCAGCACCUGCUGACCACGGCACCGAGUUCCAGCAGCAGCUCCCUGGAGAGCUCGGCCAGCGCCACGGACCGGAGUGCGCCCAGCAGGCCCCAGCUGCAGGCGCCAGGCGUGGAGAAGGCUGGCGGGUCUGGGGAGGCCCGGGCCAGCUGUGGCAGCUCAGCAGAGACAUCAUCUGGCGGCCACGGGACCCAGGUCAACGUCACCUGCAUUGUCAACGUUUGCAGCAGCUCUGACCACAGCUCUCAGUGCUCCUCCCAGGCCAGCUCCAUGAGGGACACAGACGCCAGCCCCUCCAGCUCCCCAAAAGAUGAGCAAGUCCCCUUCUCCAAGGAGGAAUGCCCUUUUCAGUCGCAGCCAGGGGCUCCAGAGACUCUGCCGCAGAGCCCAGAGGAGAAGCCCCUGCCCCUCGGUGUGCCUGAUGCCGGAAUGAAGCCCAGUUAACCAGGCCGGCGUGGGCUGUGUCACAGCCAAGGUGGGGCCAACCCCUGGUCCUUCUAGGGCCCUCCCCUGCAGGACUCUGACUCUUUCUGGGCCAAAUUCCUUUAGCGGCUUCCACAGCCUCCGCCUUCCUCUCUCCUGCAGGCAGAAGAAUGAGGCAGGGAGAGUCAUGGUGUGUGCUGUCGUGGUGUGUGUCUAUCUUGGAAGGCUGGUGGACACGGAUGUGCCAGGCAGCCUGGGACAAGCCCUUGCCUCUCUGAGAGCUGCCCCCCAGGCGGUCCUGCAGGCUUGGCUUCUGGAGCCCUUGUCAUUUUGGUGUUUAUUUUUCUUUUAAUCCCUGGGCUCUACCCGGCUCUGGCUUCCUGCCAGGGAGGAAGGAUGCUGAGUGCAUCACCCGUGGGGAAGGGGCAGUGGAGAAAGAGCAGGGCUUUAGCCUGAAUGUGAGACUGCAGGACAGUCCCAGUGGGGGUGGGGGGGUGUCAUCAAUCAGAUGGUUCUGUGCAGGGAGGCAGUGACAACCCCUGUAGGGGACGGGAGUCCCCCAGGUUCGCGCAGGGCUUUUGGAAGCGCCACCUCCAAAUCCACUCCUGCUGGCUCCAUCUCAUACUGUGGGGUGAAAACCAGAUGCCCAGAGGGCCCAGGCAGGCAGCCUGAAUGAGUGCUGUGACCUGGUUAAGAUGGCCAGCCUCUAACUGGAAAUCUUUCAUUUUUAACAUGUGGCAAUUAAAAAAAAAAAAGAAAAAAGCACCAUGCAGACAAACAAGCCAACAAUGUAACAAAGCCAGACUCUCAGAGUUUGCAUCAGCUGCCUUUGACUUCACUCCCAUUUACCCACAGUUCAAACUUCCCCUCCCCCACUGUCUGGUGUGGGGCUCCAGGGCCACACCUUUUCCUUUCAGGGAAUUUCAGGAACUAGAGAUGACAGGCCCUGCAGCUGUCUCGUCCUACCUCAGCCUGGACCUUCCUCCUUUGCCUCCCAAGGGGGUGCUCCUGUUCCUCCCGACCCCCUCUCGCUGUUCCUGGAGUCGCAGGUCCCAGCGGAGCCUCGGAGCCACUUUGGUACUGUGCCCACCAAGAUCCUGAGUGGUUGUGAGAUGCUGAGAGCCAGUCUUGUGUCUGCGUGUCUGUGUUGUAUGUUGUGGUUCUACGUAGCCCAUGUUGUCAGAUCGAACGGCCUGCCAGAAGCAGCCGAAGCCAACACUUUUGCUGAGGGAUUCUUCCCCAUUAAGGAGUCAGCCCACUCCCCCCAAACACAUGCUCAGGCCCUGCGGACGAUGGGCGUGUGUGACCUUAACCAGAUUCUGGGAGGAAGGGGGAUGGGUGCCUCCUUGAGAAGACCGUUGGGUCCCAAAUACUUGGAUCUCUUGUUAAAAAAUUCCACUGGACUUGAACUUGGCAGCUGAACUCUUGGAGGGUAGGAGAAGUCCAGCCACUAGCAUGGAGUGAAGAAGGGCUUCCCACUCUGGAAUCAAGAUGUCCCUCUGCCUGGACUGGCCAGGGGUCUCCGAGCAAAUUGGACCCUUUAUGGCUGUGGAGCACUGCUGCCCCCUGGUGGACUGUCCUGGGAGGACCUCAGGCCUCAUUGUCAACACGCCAGGAGAACAGGGAUGAAUCCGAAGGAGACUCUUUCUGGGUGUGACUGCCUUUUGUUACCAGAGUUGCCAGCAGACCCUUGGUCAGAACCCACCAACCCCUUGAAGAGGAACUAACACAUACCUUGAAUAGGAACUAACACAUACCUUUAAGUCACAGGGUCUGGACACAAAGAAAGAAGCUAUAGGGAGAGAGAAACAAAAACUGGAUAGAACCAGCAGAAACCACGAUGGCAAUGAAUCUGACCUCCAGCAGACCCUGAGUCUCAUUCUACACUGAUUUUACUACAUUAGCUACUAAGUGACACAUUUACCGGUGGCUGUGACCAGAAGUCACUGACCAAAAAGGACAAAAAAGGGGCGGCACUCCAUUUCUAGGAAAACCCUGCCUCUUUCCCAGAAAACAAACGCCUUUGCCUCCCUAUCAUUUGUCUCACUCUUCCCCCCAUUGUUCUUACUCCUUAAAAGCAAAUCCCUCUCACCAUUAAAAAGAGAAGUUCAUUUAUGAA